AUGGAGGAAGAGAGAGAUGACCUCGCUACGAUGAUCAGCAUAAUGGAGAACGCCUCUGAACAGAGCAUGAAAAUCUCCUUCUUCGAUGACGGGCAGUCGAUGGAGUCCAAGAGGGAGAAAGACAAAGUGGAGGAGGAAGAGGAGGAGAAUUACCCCCCAGGCAUCAGCAAUGACGAGAUAAAAAGCCAACCCAAACUAAACGACGUGAUUAUUAACAAUGAGGACCAAGCAGUUAUGCUUGUAGAUUUGAGGAGGAGAAAAAGGAUGAAUCCCGACGAUGAAUACUACUCUGUUAAGCUGCCCAAGUUUAUAGGCGUGUGUCCCGAUAUAGGGAGGCUCCGUCGGGGGGCACGCGGUGAGGAGGCACGCGGUGAAGGGGAACGCGGUGAAUGGGAACACGGUCAAGGGGUACACUUGGCGGACACACGCAACGUGAUUGAUCUCGAAGGGGACGGCCGCCACCCACACCUGGCAAAAAACCAAAAAGCGGUCAUCUCCUGGAAGUUUGAUGUAGACGCAUAUAACAGGGAAAAACGAAAAAAGGAUUCCCAUACGAUGAAAGAGGAAGAGAUCAAAAGAGCAAAACAGAAAUAUGUGCAAAGGGAGGAUGCACCAAGACGUGGUGAAGCGAUAGAAGGCCACUCAGACGGAAGCGACUUGCCUCAUUUGACAGAUGACGACCUCUCCGACUUUUGCAGUGUCGAUGAGCUUUACCAAACAUAUCAGGUGACUCCCAGCUGCGAUGACCUCAUGAGCCUUCCAUGUGAUGACCCAAAUGAGAAGACAACCAUCUUGUGUCGAAACAUGGAGUUCCUCGAAACCGAUUCCUUCAUUGUCGAAUAUGAAGAUGGCAAACUCAUUUUCUUUAUUAAUGAAAAACCAUACCUUUUAGAAUCCGACAAGGAGACCAAUUAUCUAAUCGAACUGUCGGAGAUGAGCAUCCUUCCUAUCCACUGCAUUCUGGAGAAAAAAAUUUUCCUCAAAUCGAUUACUCGAGAGGAACAGGGGGUCUCUCAGGGGAGUGCAUCGCCUGGGAUGGCUGACAUAUAUUACUCGCUGCAAGGGUGA